UCUGUGAUUUUUUUUCUCUGUUUAUUUUUUUUUGUAGAAUUAGUCCAAACCUAAUCUGAGAGUCUCUUUGUAUUCAGUUUCAGUCUAAUCGAUAAUUCGAUAUUACAAAAAUUAAAAUUUAGAUAAAACAAUCGUCAAUGAUAAAACAAACGGUAACGAGAUAGUUUUGGAUUCUAAUGGGCUGGACCGGCCCAUAUUAAACCAGCAAAACCAGGCCGUGAUGGGCUUAUUUCAAUCUGCAACUCAUCUAAAUCAUCUCCGGCGGCGAGUACCACUCACCGGAAAUAAUGGUCUGUGUGUAAAGAAGAAGAAGAGCUAUGAAUCCGAAGUAAUCAAAAUUGAAGUAAUUCUUCAAGUUUCGAUAUACUGAAAUCAAAUGGCUACCCAACUACGGAGAUCGUUAUUAACCCUAAUUUUCAUCUGCUGGGCCAUUUCUUCUACCUCAUCUGAUCAGGUUGGAACAAGUUAUGGAGACUCCGAUCAGAUUCGUUCACUCUGUAUCUCUGAUCGUUUCAUUAUGGAGUCUUAUUUCACUACUACACACACUUCCUUAGACGACUCAGAGUUUCGAAACUUCUUGCUUCAUCAACAAUGUUCUUCUGAUAAGAUACCUUCUGAACAUGACCCAAACAUUGUUCCUGCAACUUCAUUGAUACAACACAGAAACGUAACAGGUGAAGGUUCACAUCGUAAUCUCCUUACGUCUAUCAAGCUUCUUCCUCUUUACUUAGAGUUUCAGCUUCAGGAGCUUGUGAUUCUUGAACGUUUGCCUUUGGGAGUUUUCGCUGAUCCUUUUGAGCUUCAGAGUAUUCAGCAACGCAGAGUGUUUAGUGAUGUAUCUGUGUUUGGAGACACGAAUCUUGAGCUGCCUUCGUUUAGAUCUAACAGAUCUGUUGUUGAGAUUCAUGUCGAAGUCAGUCCUAGAGAUUAUGAAAAUGGUGAAAUCAGCUUAAAGCUUCCCUUACAUGCUCGGUAUCAGCCUCUUGACGACAGUGGAUACUCUAGAGUGGAGUUUGGAGAGCCAGACUUGUUCUUGUGCUCGAGCCAUGUACAAAACCACCAACAUGAACAGAGAAGAUGUUUGGUUUUGUCGAUUGGUAGAUCCAAGACUGAAACCAGGUCUGUUUUCUGGGAUAUCCCUGCUGGAAUCAGGGGUCAUACAGAGUAUGUUUCCGCCUUGACAUUUGCAGCAGCGGUUUUGUCUGCAAUUUCAAUUCUUGUGGCAUCGGUUUUGAGCUCAAAGGUUGAAUCUUGUAAAAACUCAAAGCAGUCAUAAUAACCCAGCUUUUGGUUUCAGACUU